GCUGGCUGUCAGAGAGAGGGGAGAGAGGGGAGUGAAUGAGCAGACAGGUCGAGAGAGGAGAGUAGUGCUACAGGGGAAAGAUGCAUUACCCAGUCAGCCAGUCAGCCGGUCACUCGAUCACCCAACCCACACGCAGUCUCACACAGUUAGUUAUCACCACACCACACGCACACGCACCCAAAAGCAGCCGCCCGCCCGCCCGCCCGCCCACCCAGUAAGCCGACAGAACCACGACCAACCGACCGAAAAACUAGUCAUCGCUUCUUGCCGGCCUUCUUGCCGCCGAAGCCCCGCUUGGCGCCCUGGCGACCAACAGAUACGGACAUACAGGCGUUGCAGAGAGUGCCACGAGGUUGUGUGUACCUUGGCCUGUCGUUUCUUGGCUUUCUGUGGGGAUGGCUGGCCGUCGGCGUCCCCCCCUCCCUCCCCCCCGAACACCUUGCGCAGCUUCUUGACGGUCCUGCACCCAUCACACAACGGACAGAGAUCACACGGAUGAGACGUGGCAUCAGGUCCUUGAUGGUGGGGAUGGAACCACCAACACCAACAGCACCACCACCCCCAGCGGCUGCUGCUGCACUGCUGCUACUCGCCCCGCCGCCAU